AUGAAUCUUUUUGUAUUUUAUUUAUUGUGCGGCCUCACUUUAGCUUAUUGUUUUGAACCGAGGGUGGAUCCUUUAGUUUUAUUGGAGCAAGGUCUCGUCCGUGGUUUGAGAUCGAGUGAUGGAAGUUACUCUUCGUUUCUAGGAAUCCCAUAUGGCGUAGUUGACCCUGACAACCCAUUUGGUUCGGCGAAGGAACAUCCUGGUUUUGGGAAAAGUAUCUAUAAUGCUUACUAUGGAUUAACGAAAUGUCCACAAUCAGUAAUUUACGAGCCAAGUUCAGGAAGGAGCCGUGAUGAGGUGUUGGAUUGUUUGCGUCUGAAUAUAUAUUCACCAUCAGUUGCGAGCACACAAAAUCCUUUACCAGUUUUAGUGUGGAUCCAUGAUCAGGAGAAAUUGUACGACAAAAUAAUCGCAGAAAGCGGCUCUCCUCAGACCGUCGGUACAUUCGUAGAAGGAGACGUGGCGGCAGCGCUAAAACUGUCCAAACAUUUAGGUUUUAUCACGGACAAUAAUGAAGAAGCCUUGAAAUUCCUCGCAAAAACAUCACAUGAACUAGUGUCAGCGGCUGCAGUGGAACUGCAUUUAAAUCUUAGACCAUGCAAAGAAAAAUCUUUCAGCGGCAUUAGCAAUUUCGUUGAAAGUGAUCCUUUUUCAUUGUCAAAUGAAAAUAAGGUAAGAAACACUCCAGUAUUGAUCGGUCAAACCACAAACCAACACGUAGGUCUAACAAAUGUUUACGGAAACGAUUACUUCAAAAGAGAUCCGUUUUACGAUAAGAUCGUCAAUAAUUUCAAUCUCGACGAAAAACAACUGAAAGAUGCUGUGAGAAUUGUUAGGAAUUUUUAUAUUGGAGAUGAACCUGUAUCUAGAUUAGUUGAGUCGGAACUAGAGAAAUUCGAUACUGACUUUGAUUCAAAUCAUCCCAUACAAAGAUUGAUCACUAGUUUGUUCAAUGAAAACGCGAGCCCAAUAUAUGAAUAUGAAUUUAGCUACACGGAUCACACGAUGGAGAGGCAAGCAUCUAACUCGGAGGAAUUAAAAUAUCUCUUUAAUAUGUUAAGUGACAGAGUCAGAAUGAGUCCCGAAAACCACGUAAUAGUUGAUCGUAUAACAACAAUGUGGGCGAACUUCAUUAAAUAUGGCGAUCCCACGCCAGAUACGAACGAUUUACUCCCAGUGAAGUGGAUGCCAGUCACAGAAGAUACAAGGCCAUACUUAGUUAUUGAUUCCGAACUAGAACUUAAAAGUAGAAUUAAUAAAGAAAGGAUGGCCUUUUGGGACCUAUUCUUUUUGAAGUACGGAGACAAAAAUAAAUAUUAUCGACAGUGUGAUAUAUAA